AUGGGCGAGACCAGCCCUACUCCAGCCUCUCGCGCUCAGUCUAGUCGCGCUCAAGACAGCACCGACAUCACGGACUCCGAUGCCACUGUCGUUGGCCCUAACCACCCCGACGCCCCUAUCCGCGAUGCUUCUCGUCUCGAAGACCUCGAAGCCGAUAGCUCGCCGCCGACCCCACGAUUCAUCCAAGACGAAGGAUCCUGGAAGCGUUUCAAAUGGGUGCCCUACCCCGUGCGGCGCGCUAUCAAAUACGUCGCGCGUUGGGCUCGCGGACCGCCUAACCCCGUGUUCAUUCGUAUCGACCCCUUCUUUCCCCGAAUCCAGCACCUGCCGAUCGUCUUGGUGGAUAAGUACCUCCCGCGGAAGCGCCAGCGUGUGUGGGCUGUGCUGGGGUACCUGUCUGUGUGGAUUAUCACUUUUGCGCUAGUGAUGCGUCAUGGUUUGACGAUAUCCGAAAUCCCUGGUUGGAGUGUGCCGUCUGCCAUAGGAUGCGGCGCUACCUUCUGGGCUGACGGCAAUGAAUGCGGCUUGGAUGGAAUUGAUUGUCGGCCGUUUAACAACGGCGGCUAUGCUUUCAGCUGCCCAGCAAGCUGCUCCAAGCGCAUGCUGCUGAACCCCCAUGCGGUUGGUGACCAGGAGAUUGUCUACCAGCCGCUGGUUGUCGGAGGCCCCCCAGCUAACGGCUCCGGCCCGGCUAUCUAUCGCGCCGACUCCUUUCUCUGCGCUGCUGCCAUUCACGCUGGCGUUAUCAGCGACCGCUACGGCGGCUGCGGAGUGGCCAAGCUCGUGGGCUUCCAGCCUAACUUCACGGCUUCCACGCGCAACGGCAUCAGCAGCGUCGGCUUCGAUUCCUACUUCCCACGCUCUUUCAGCUUCGAAGAAGAUCUCCAGUGCGAAGUUCGCGACUUCCGCUGGAACAUCCUCGCCGUCUCAGUUGUCUUUUCCACGAUCUUUUCCCUCUUUGUCUCCUCCGCUUGGCUAUUCUUCUUUCCCGUAUUCACCAUACUUUUCUGGUCAGUCGGCAUGGCUCUCGAUCCUCCUGCACACGCUGACACGGCCACGCUCUUCUCCAUUGAGAUCGGCCGCUACCUACCUUCCAUGUUCGUCGCCUGGGUCAUGUACGACAAGAUGGGAAUAAAGCGCACACUUCAUGGCCUAACUGCCCAAAUCGAAAAAACCGUUUUCUGGCUUGGUGCCGCCUGGGUCGGCGCCCUCACCAACUACACACUCGACUUUAUUCCCAUCCAACGCCUGACGGGCCAUGACUUGAACCAGCAACCUGGCGCACGCGCCGCCCUGGCCAUCAUCGUCAUCAUCCUGGCCGUGAUUGCCGCCUCACAAAUCUUCUUCUUCCGCCAAGAAGCCCGCCUCAUCCCUAUGCUCAAGCUCUACAUCCUCUUUGGUAUCGGCCUCCUCAUCCUCGGCGUCCUCCCCGACCUCAACCUCCGCAUUCACCACUACAUCCUAGCACUCCUACUUCUCCCGGGCACAUCCCUCCAAAUGCGGCCCUCCCUCCUCUACCAAGGCCUGCUGGUGGGCCUCUUCAUCAACGGUGUCGCCCGCUGGGACUUCGACCCCAUCGUGCAGACGAGCUACGAACUGCGCGGCGACGCCCCCAUGGGUUCCCCCUUGCCCGUCAUCCACGACCCCAUCAUCAUCUGGGGCGGUAUCAACAACCGGUCGAUCACCUUCACCUGGGACCCUCCGCCGGACCCGGCCUACGACGGCAUCAGCGUGCUGGUCAACGAUGUGGAGCGGUUUCGCGCCUAUUUUGAUGAUGAACCAGGUACUGCGGGUAUGGGAAGCCAGAAGAAUGUCGGGACGCAUAAUGUCACGUGGGUUAGGCAGCCGGGCGUCGAGGCGAACGAGUACUUCCGCUUUGCGUGGAUGCAGGGUAGUAUGAGAGGGGAUUAUACUAAAGCGGGGAAGUGGGAUACGGAGGGGAAGUGGACUAAGAUGGAGCCGGGACCAUCGAAGGUUAAGAAGAGGGGAGGAGUAGACUACAAGGUGCUGUGA